AUGAACAAGCUCAAGGGCAAGAAAAAAGUGAAACUUGUUGGACAUAAAAGAUCAAGUGACAUGUUGAUGAUGUUGAAAACCAAGACACAUAAGGGACCUAGAACAACUAUUGUUGAACCACUGGUCAUUCAAGAGGAUGAAGAGGGUACAUUAACUCAAGAAGAUGCUAAAGUUGGCUCAGACCCUAAGCUAGGGACAUGUGUCAGGGCAAUGAAGUCUUGGAGUAACAUCUCAAGGGCUUAG